AUGCCGCCCGCCUCAGGCCAUCACCAGAAGCCUGUUUUAUUCGACCUCCCCCGCCCCGCCCACCCCCUCACCCCACCAGACACGGACUACGAGACGCUAUCUCACCAGGCGAUCCCGCCUGCGCUGAAUUCGACCGGACUGGAGUUGGAUCCGUCUCAGGCCCAGCUUCCCCCAACCAUGAUGGAGUCCACCUCUCCUUUCGCAUCCCCGUACGCAUCCUUCCACCGGAAGAAACCCUCGGUCACAUACGUCAGCUCGGGUCUGCGGGAGGCAAGGGAGCGUACAGUGCAGCCGCGUCUUAGAUGGCUGGUCGUCGUCCUCCCCCCCGCGUCAAUCACCAAGGAGCACGGUCACCUCGGACAUACCCUGUCGUCUGGGCCUCAACGCCGUCUGUCUAGCGGAUUGCUCAUGCCCCUCUAUCCCACGUUGAGCAGUCAGCUAGGCGCCAUUGCGCGCGAGUUCAGCUUCCCUAGCAUCUCCGGACUGUCCGUCUAUCUCCAUACAAACCACAGUGGGAUCUCACUCGCUCCGCGUGUGUCCGACGAAUCCUGGCCGAUGCUCUGGGGCCAUCUUUUCGACCCACGGAGUCCGUCCCUGCCCGCUCAGCAGCUUCCUAUCAGCGGACACAUCGAGUUUGACAUCGACAUACACCGGGCCCGUUGGUACGACACUUGGAUAGCUUCCUCCCGCCGCGACUUCGCGGACGUCCCCCAGUCUGUUGCUCCCUCCCGUGCCCAAUCCAUCUCCCACUGGCGCCACGAUAGUCAGACUUCAAUCAACGAACCUGCGGACGAGCAAUUGGAUGCCAUUUCGCUGGCGCAGCAGCAGAUUGCAGCCAGGGGUCAAGGUCGCAACAUCAAGAAACUAUCACUCCUGGACCGCUUUGACGCCAUGUCGGUGCGCUCGGGGUCCAAGCUCAUCCUCAGGGACGAAUCUCCGCCCAGCGUUACUGGGAGGACAACCAUUCUCUCGCCCAUCGUCCAGGAGGAUGAACCGAUGACCGCGAAGAAGGACUUCGACCACCGAGUCAACUCAUGGCGCAUGAGUGCCAGCAAUGCCGCUCGCAGCCCUUUGGCCGCCACCGGUCAAACCAGUCUGGACCCUGUCAACAUGCCAAACACGAUUGAAGACCUUCCGACGGGUACCGCUUCCGGCUUCGAACUCAAUUUGGACGACUACACCUGGUCAAUCUCCUCUGCGGGUCCUCUGGACUACGAGAUGGAAUCGGUGCUAUCCUGGAGUCGCGUUCCUUCAGUACAUCUCGACCGUCGCGGAGAGGGUUCGGUCUGCCUCACACCAUCCGUUGCAACGUCGUUUGGACCUGACUACGAUUACAACGAGUUGUCUCCGCUUUCGUACACGUCCCGUCUCCCCUCACCGGACAUUGCAUGGCGCAUGUACGAAGACGUUCCUCCCACCCCCACCACGGCGACAAGCUGGGGUGCUCCUUUGGAGUAUCCCCCCUCUCCUGCUGCAUGGUCAUACGCUCCGUCGAUCGACAUCGCUGAGAGAAACAUGUCUAGUCGCCCCAUGACUCCUACCACGGCGACCAGCUGGGGCCCUCCUUCCGAGUACCCGCGUUCUCCUGCUGCGUGGUCAUACGCCCCAUCUAUCGAUAUCGCUGGUAGAUAUAUGUCAAGCCGCCCUCCGUUCCCAUACGUUUUCCCGUACUACGACGCACCUCGCGCGUCAUCGUGGUCUCAUGUAUGGGCCCUGGUCUCCUACGAUGCUCGUCGGGUCCCGAUUCCAUCGGUCAAACGCAUCAGCGAAGCUCCCGGAGUGGUGCUUGGAUAUCCCGUCAUCGACCUCUAUCCCGCGGUUUACCCCUCCUUCGAUAUUUACCCGGCCCUCAUCUCCAUCGACACCCAUAGGCUUCCUGUCCCCGCAAUCCCAUCCGGGGCUCCGUACCCCAUCUUCGAUCUUUAUCCUGCUGUCUAUCCGAACCUGGUCAUCUAUCCCGCUGUGUCCCACUCAGUCCGCAGUUUGACUACUGUGGUGGCUGUGAAAAAGUCUAACAUCUAUCCCGUUGUGCUCGGCGUAGACUUCACCGCGUAUCCGCACUCUCUGUCGAUGAUUUACUCUCGCGUAACCUCAACGUCCUCUGUGGCAAUUUCGGUGGCAACCUCGACGAGUCCUAGCGUCGACAGGCUUCAGGCUGUUUACCCUGCAUUCGAAAUUUGUGAGUGUCUUUGUCCAUUAGUCUGCACAUAUGCUCAGCUCUGUUCAGAUGCGCCUGUAUAUCCUCACAACCUGGCGAGGAUUUACCCGAGCGUUGUUGCAGAGAUGAAGUUUGUGCCAACUGGGGCUAUUUCCGUCGGUGUCGAACACCAGUAUCCUGUCUUCGACAUCUGUAAGUCAGAGUUGUUUGGACGUGAGCAUGGUACUAAGUUUGUGUAG